ACGGUUGGUUGCGGUGGUACGUUGUGGAUGGCAUAUUUAAAGACUGACCGCUGAUCUGAGCAAGACAAGCUGCGACCACACCUCUUCAAGCUGUUUCCUCCAGAACUUGGAUAUAGUACUCAGGGAUCUAUUUGGAAAUAGUUUUUUUUUUUUUCCAUGGAAUGGGUUUUGAAAAGACAUAACCCAGAGUCCUUGUGGUACAUGUGUCGCUCAAAGUUUGCUGGUGGAGUUUGCCAACUUUUGAAGAGUUCACAUAAAGCGUUUCAGAAGUAAAUUCAACAUGGAUCAAGCCAGUGGUGGAGAGGAUCCAAGUAAACCAUCUAAAAAGAAGUCAAGUGAGGAUGAGGGUAAAAACAAAAAGCUGAAUAUACACAUUAAAACAUUGGCUGAUGAUAUGCGCGAUCGCAUUACCAGUUUCAGGAAAACAGGAAUGAAGAAGGAGAAACCUCUGAUACAGCAUCCUACAGAUCCCCUCUCUCCCCAAGCUGAACUGCCCAUACCUCAGCCUCUGUUUGAUGACCGCUCCAUGAACCUUUCAGAAAAAGAGAUCAUCGACCUCUUUGAAAAGAUGAUGGAGGACAUGAACCUGAAUGAGGAGCGCAAAGCCCCUCUGCGUGGAAAGGACCUGAGCACCAAACGUGAAAUGGUUGUUCAGUACAUCUCAGCCACUGCCAAAUCUAUAACUGGGAGCAAAGUUGCGGGAGGGCUAAGGAACAGCAAACAUGAGUGCACACUUUCAUCCCAGGAAUAUGUCCAUGAAUUACGUUCCGGCAUCACAGAAGAAAAGCUGCUUAACUGUCUGGAGUCCCUCAGAGUGUCCCUUACUAGUAACCCUGUCAGCUGGGUGAAUAACUUUGGUCAUGAGGGACUUGGCCUUCUUCUUGACACUUUGGAGAAACUGCUGGACAAGAAACAGCAAGAAAAUAUUGACAAACGGAAUCAGCAUAAGCUCAUACAGUGUUUGAAGGCUUUCAUGAACAAUAAGUAUGGACUGCAAAAGAUUCUUGGAGAUGAGCGGAGCCUGUUGCUUCUGGCACGAGCAGUUGACCCCAAACAGACGAACAUGAUGACAGAGAUUGUAAAAAUCCUUUCUGCUGUCUGUAUUAUUGGGGAGGAAAAUAUCUUGGAUAAGAUUCUUGCUGCCAUGACAAUUGCUGCAGAAAGGAAUCAUAAAGAGAGAUUUGCUUCGAUUGUGGAAGGACUGGAGAACCACGAGGCCCAGCAGCUCCAGGUUGCUUGUAUGCAGCUGAUUAACGCCCUUGUUACUUCACCUGAUGACCUGGAUUUCCGGAUACACCUGCGCAAUGAGUUUCUCAGAUGUGGCCUCAAGAAGACUCUGCCUGAGCUAAAAGAGACAGAGGAGCUUGACAUCCAGCUGAAAGUGUUCAAUGAGAACAAGGAGGAGGACUCUAUCGAACUCUCUCAUCGUCUCGAUGACAUUCGUGCUGAGAUGGAUGAUAUGAAUGAGGUUUACCAUCUCCUGUCCAACAUGGUGAAAGACACCGGAUCAGAGCCCUACUUUCUGUCAGUCCUUCAGCACCUCUUGCUCAUCCGGAAUGACUAUUACAUCAGGCCUCAGUACUACAAGGUGAUUGAAGAAUGCGUGUCUCAGGUGGUGCUGCACCGCAGUGGUAUGGAUCCAGACUUUGGCUACAGCAGAAGAUUGGAUGUGGACUUCACCCAUCUGAUCGAUCAGUGUGUGGACAAAGCCAAAGUUGAAGAAAGUGAGCAGAAGGCUACCGAGUACUCCAAAAAGUUUGAUGAGGAGUUCAGCGCACGGCAGGAGGCACAGGCUGAGUCUCAAAAGAAAGAAGAGCGAAUCAAAGAGUUGGAGGGACAGAUACAGACCCUGCAGUCUCAGUUAACUAUUGAAAAAUACAAGCUCAAAGAGGCUCAGAGGCUCAUCACUGAAUCUGAUGCCAAGAUUGCUGCUGGCCCAGCCGCAGGUGGAGCAGGGGUUCCACCUCCACCUCCUCCUCCACCCCCACCUCCUCCAGGUGGCGGCCCACCACCCCCUCCACCUCCUCCUCCUCUUCCUGGCAUGACUAGCAUUCCACCACCACCUCCUCUUCCAGGUGGAGGGCCUCCACCUCCCCCACCACCUCCUGGGUGUGGACCACCACCUCCUCCACCUUUUAUGGGUGGACCUGGUAUGCCCCCUCCACCCCUAAUGAAGCCUGUUGAAAAACUGCCUUAUGGACUAGAGCCCAAGAAGACCUACAAGCCUGAAUCUGUAAUGAAGAGGGUCAAUUGGACCAAGAUAGUGCCUCAGGAAAUGGCAGAGAAUUGCUUCUGGAUCAAAGUCAAAGAAGAGAAGUUUGAGAAUCCUGACCUAUUUGCUCAGCUCUCCCUGUGCUUCUCCUCAAAGACCAAAGCAAUGAAUAAAGCAGUUGAUGAGCCUGAUGACAGAAUGCUACAAUUCAAGAAAAAGGCAAAAGAGCUUCACAUCCUGGAUCCUAAAACAGCACAGAAUCUUUCAAUUUUCUUGGGUUCGUUCCGCCUGCCUUAUGAGGAGAUCCGGGACAUCGUGCUGCAGGUAGACGAGGAAAGGCUCAGCGAAUCACUCAUUCAGAACCUGAUAAAGAACUUGCCAGAGCAGAAAGAGCUAAGUGCACUCGCGGAACUAAAGAGCGAAUAUGAUGAGCUGGUGGAGUCGGAGCAGUUUGGCAUCGUGAUGAGUUCGGUAAAGCUCCUACGUCCACGCCUCAAUAACAUUCUGUUCAAGCUAACGUUUGAGGAGCAGGUGAAUAACAUCCGGCCGGACAUCAUGAAUGUGACGUUUGCCUGUGAGGAGGUGAAGAAGAGCGAAAGCUUUACCAAGCUGCUGGAAUUUGUGUUGCUGAUUGGAAAUUACAUGAACGCUGGCUCAAGGAAUGCGCAGACAUUUGGAUUCAACAUCAGCUUCCUCAGCAAGCUCCGAGACACUAAAUCCAUCAGUCAGAAUACAACACUCCUUCAUUUUCUGGCUGAAAAGUGUGAAGAAAAGCACCCAGAGAUUUUGAAGUUUCCAGAAGAACUGGAGCAUGUGGAAAACGCGAGUAAAGUGACUGCGGACAUCUUGAACAGCAGUUUGAACACCAUGGAACGCCACAUUAAGAGGCUUGAAAAUGACAUCCAGAACUUCCCCAAAACAGAUGACCAACAAGAUAAGUUUGUGGAAAAGAUGUCUGGUUUCUGCAAGCAUGCACGGGAGCAGUACGAAAAACUCUCCAUCAUGCAUAAGAACAUGCAAAAGCUCUACGAGACCAUAGGCAAUUUCUAUGCCUUUGACCCUCACUCAGUCAGCAUUGAGGAUUUCUUCGGAGAAUUGGCCAGUUUUCGUCUUCUGUUCAUGGAAGCAGUGAAGGAGAACCACAAGAAGCGAGAGAUGGAGGAGAAGAUCAAGAGAGCCAAGCUGGCGAAGGAGAAAGCAGAGCGUGAGAAGCUGGAGCGCCAGCAGAAGAAGAAGCAGCUGAUUGACAUGAACAAAGAGGGAGAUGAAACAGGCGUGAUGGACAGCCUUAUGGAAGCCCUACAAUCAGGAGCAGCCUUUCGUGAUCGCCGAAAACGGACUCCGCGCAACGGUGAUCAAAGUCCCUCCAGUCCAGCCUCUCGAUGGCCGGGUGUUAACUAUGGUAACAGAACCCUAGACAACCGCCGCGCUGUCCUGGAAAGGUCUCGUUCACGCCACAACCCAAAUCACCAGGCUCGAUGAUCACCCACGUCUGCUGUAAGACGCUAGAUAAGUGCCAAAGAGGCCUGUGAGGUGGAAACCUGGAAAACGUCAAAAGGAAGAAACAAGCACCGCUCAUUGUGGCGCACGCACACACAUGCACACACACACAUGAAAAUGCUCAAUAACAGUACUUCACAUUAAGUAAUCACGCUGUUCAAGCAAUGCCUUAUAAAUCUACGUUAUUUUGCCGCCACACUCUCUUCUGACAUUUUGUUUAACCGAUAAGGGGGAAAAAAAUCGCUUCUUUAUGGUGGCUGCAGUUUGAAGUGAAACCUUUACAUUGCUCCCAUAUGCAUUCCUAAUGAAAAUAUUACAAAUCGCUCACACUGUUGACAUGAUGUGGAGAUAUAUAUAUAUAUAUAUAUAUAUCAAGAAUAAACAAUUUGCUGAGAAGGACUGCACCACAAUGUAUGAUUAUGCAUCACGGUAAAAGAACGCAGCGCACACACACACACAUGGCUGCGAGAAGGGGCGGCAGGCCAGAUGUACUUAGAACAGGAGAUGGGAAUUUUCUCCAUCAAGCGCUCAGAGGGAUCUUUCUUUUUCGAUUGGUCUCGUCCUUGAACCUGCAUUCAAAUAGUUUCUAGCUGUAAAUGUACUGUAUCAAGACUCCAGACGAAUAAUUUAAUUUCAUCUUUCUCCCUCUCUGUAUCCCACAAAGCCACGCCGACUGGCCCUUGUCCACGCAGAGCAUUCAGAGCAUGUGACUCACAAAUCUGCAGAGUCUGUAACUAUAAUUUCCAUUUUGCCCGAGUUGCAUUUAUUUUUAGUCCACCAGUAUCGCACACGCCUAAGGGUGGUGAGAUCGGUCUCAAGGUCGUUUUUGCUGUUAACACGAGAGACAAGAGACUGACACAUUUUUAAAUGCAUUUAACAGCCAGGAAGAGCUGAACCUGUGACCUUUCCGACAGUCACACAGGAGGUUCAGCCGGGGAAACUGUUGAUAAAAGUAAGACGUCUUUUUAAUUUACAGCUUUUAAUUCUCGUGUAAUUU